AUGUCCCUGCCGACGCUUCGACCGCCCAAUAUGCCGCAGCAAUCACCUAUACAUCUUCCGACACCUCCACCUACAAGCUCUCUCCAUAAACCGCUGUGUGCUGGCCCUCCUGAACAAUCGCCGCCUCCGCUCAUCCCUAUGCGAGAGUAUGACGAUGUGCUGCUCGCGCAGGAAGCGGCUGAGGAUUCUCGUUUACAAGCUAGGGCAAGCCGGAUGUGGCGUGAGAGCCAAGAGUACUCAUGUGCCGAGGAUAACGAGACGACGCCUUGGCUGCAACAUACGAGGUGGCCGGAACGAUUCCGGAACCGGCCGCUCGAUAUCAUCACUGCGUCCUCGAGGCUGCCUGCCCGGGGCUGCUAUGAGCAGAACGAGGAUUUUACUCUGGGGAGCUGGGGAGGAAUUCCGCUCCGAAGCUCCGCAGCAGUGGAAGCCCGGAUCCGCGUCCUCAUGCGCGCUGUUGAUGAUAUGUUUGAUCGAGCCGAGGCCACUCUCGCAUGUACUUCCUAUCAGUCUCGGUGCUGGCUGACAAGCUACAGGAAUGGUGUAUUCCAGAACCGCCCGCUGCGCGUCAUGCCGUCAAGUACUGGGCGGCAGUACAAAUCAAAGUGGAAGCGCUUCAUCUGCUACAUAUUUCGAGCUCUUGAGCUAGGCCCGCGCCGGCUCCGGGAAGUGCAUAACAUGGUGUUGCGUGGUGACGAUAUAAAGAUGAUGAACCAUAUUGUGAAUCUUGCGUCGCAAGUUGUGGAAAGAGAAGAUGUCGACGAUGAGGACUGUGAGGACGACGCUGAAAACAACGCUGAAAACGACAGCGACAAAAGCAGCGACUACAGUGAUUGCGACAGUAACUACGACAGUGGCAGCGAUAGUGACUGCGAAGGCCAUGGCGACGGCAGACGUGACCUUAUUUUGGGGCCUGUUGUGUAA